AUGGUCAGCGGGGACUGCUGGCUCAUUGAGGGGGACAAAGGCUAUGUGUGGCUGGCCAUAUGCAGUCAGAACCAGCCGCCGUACGAGACUAUCCCCCAGCACAUCAACAACACGGUCCACGACUUGAGAUUGAACGAGAACAAGCUGAAAGCUGUGCUCUUCAGUUCCAUGUACCGCUUCACCAACUUGACUGACCUCAAUCUCACCAAGAAUGAAAUCAGCUACAUCGAGGACGGAGCUUUUGCGGGGCAAGCCAAUCUGCAGGUUCUUCAGCUGGGCUACAACAAGCUGACAAACCUAACUGAGGGCAUGAUGAGAGGGCUCGGCCGCAUGCAGUGCCUCUUCCUGCAGCACAACCUCAUCGAGGUCAUUGCCAGCAAUGCAUUCUGGGAGUGCCCCAGCCUCAGCAGCAUCGACCUGUCAUCCAACAAACUGGCCCGCAUCGACCCGUCCACGUUCACGGUUCUCAGUCGCCUCAUGGUGUGUGAACUGGCGGCGAAUCCUUUCCAUUGCGGCUGCGACCUGUACAGCUUCCUGACCUGGCUGGAGUUCUUCAACAACGUGUCGCACACCUACGACCGCCUCCAGUGCGAGACGCCGCGGGAGAUGUUUGGAUUCCCUUUACUGAGCCCCAUCGCUGCCGGCCACGCUGGUCGGAACGCCAAGAACAUUUUGUACCAUCACUGCCGCGAUGGUGUGAUGAUUCCGGGAAUGACCUCUCUCCCGCCGGAUCUGGACGGUCCAUCUGGGAUCGGACCGGAGAUGUUUGGUGGUGUGGGGCCCUACCACCAGCCCACUACCUCCUCCUCAUCCACGGAGGACAGCUUCAGUCCCAGCAUCAAGCUCCAUCAUGUCUCUUUGUCAUCGGCCUCUCUCCUGGUCAAGAUCCCAAGGCCCUACACCAAAAUGUACAUUCUAACACAGUACAACCACACGUACGUAUCCGACGUCAUGAAUUUGAAGAACAAGAAGGAGAUGAUCACCCUCAACAAGCUCAAGCCCCACAACAAUUACACCUUCUGCGUAGCAUCUAUUCGCAACUCUCAGCGCUACAACCACACCUGCCUCCAGUUUUCCACUCGGGGUCAAAACCAGGAUGAUACACUUCCCACACCUUCCACCACUACUCACUACAUAAUGACCAUUGUGGGCUGCCUUUUUGGCAUGCUCAUUGUUUUGGGCUUUGUGUACUAUUGUCUACGUAAGAAACGGAUGCAUGAUGAGAAGAAGAAAUCCAUCUGCGUCAAGAAAACUAUACUCGAAAUGCGCUACGGGCCAGAGGUGGCGGCAGCAGUAGCGAAUGAUCCAUCGGCGGUCCACAAGCUGCAGGAACAGUCCAGAGAACAUCACCAGUAUCAGCAUCACCACGGAGGAAAAAUGCCCAUGUCCACAUCCUCCAGCUCGGGAAUGCUCCACUCAGCCAACACCACCUCCUCAAGACUGUCCUCUAUCCCGCAAGUGGAAAAAAUGGCCACUGCCUUCUCAGAGGCCAUGGCUACGAGUAAAGGAAACUAUAUGGAUGUGAGAACUGGAGGGGCAGGGAUGGAGAGGAUGGGAGACGGUGGGCAUGUGGGGAUGAGGGGGGAAGACUUGAGGGAUGAUGAUGGAACUGAUCUUGGCGAUGACUCUGAUGAUGAUGGACAUGGUUCCGCAUCAGAGAUCUCCACCAUCGCCAUGGAGGUGGACAAGGUCAACCAGAUUAUUAACAACUGCAUUGAUGCGCUGAAACUGGAUGCAGCAGCAGUUGCUGCUUCGGGGGCUUCUACUAACCCCACUGUUUCCUCAAAUCCCACCUCCCCACCACCCACCAGCACAUCCUCCUCCGCCUCCACUCCCGGCCUUGAACGCCCCUCUCUCUGAGCGCCUCCACCUCCAGCCACCGCUGUGCGCCCCAUUCAGCGGCAAAUGAGUGCAGAUGCAGCUGUGGUUAUUGUAAAUGCUGUCAAGAAACAGUGCAGCACCACAUCUUGUGGCUCCAUGGGUCGCGACAGGGAACGCGGUGGAGCCAGAGUGUAUAGUCUGGACGUUCCUGAGCCGAGGAGUCCGGAUGCCUGUAAUCAACAGCAGCAGCAGUACUCCGACCGGGCCAGUCCUGUGGGCUGUGGGGAGCCCCUGGAGAGGCUGCCUUUAGUCGGGAGCGGGAGCUGUGGUGGAGGGGGUGGUGGUUGCGACAGUGGUGGUCAGCAGCAGCUGGAGGUGCAGCAGGACUACCACUGCUCGGAGCACCGCCACUCCGUCCCAGCUCUCUAUUAUGAAGGGUCCCACCAGGGCUCCCCUGCCCAGAGAGUUUCCUUCCUUAAGCCCCUGACACGCUCCCGCAGGGACGCAGCGUCUUACUCCCAGCUUUCGCCUGCUCGGCACCAUUCCAGUUACUCGGGCUACUCCUCGAGCCCAGAGUACUCCUCAGAGAGCUCGCUGCGGAUCUGGGAGCGUUUCCGUCCCUACCGGAAAGGCCAGCGUGACGAGGCCUGUUAUGUGACGGCCGGAAAUGCCCUUCGAAAAAAGGUGCAGUUUGCUAAAGGCGAGGACCUGCAUGACAUCCUUGAUUACUGGAAAGGUGUGUCAGCACAGCAGAAGCUGUGA